CCGUAACUUUCUCAAGUAUCAGAAAACAUUUCUUGUCUCGGGAUCCCAUGUAUGGAUACUUUAUUAUUGGUGUCUGGCGGUGAAUCGAAGGCGCAACUGGAAAUAACCGUUAACUUGAUGCGUGGAUCAUUCGGACUGACUGUCGCUUGUCUGUCUUCUAACUGAGGGCUGAUGUCUGAGGAAAUGACCGGGGAAGAGUCGAGCUCCCCAGGCUCUCCACUAGACAGUCUCAGCAACAGUGAGGGGGAACUGGAUAGGCAACCGAAGAGAUGUGGGAGGAAAAGGACAUCAAGCAGGAAAAACGGGGAGGAUUCAGAUAGCCCUACCCCUGGGAAAAGAGGGAAAAAGUCAAGCAGCAGCAGUCCACAUUCUUUCGAAGACCUACAGACGCAACGAGUCAUGGCGAACGUGCGCGAGCGGCAGAGGACGCAGUCACUCAACGAAGCUUUCUCGUCUUUACGGAAAAUUAUCCCCACUUUGCCUUCAGACAAACUGAGCAAAAUACAAACCUUAAAACUUGCUGCCAGGUACAUCGAUUUCCUGUACCAAGUUCUGCAGAGCGAUGAAUUGGACUCCAAAAUGGUGACAGCUGAUUCUGCUUAUCAAUAUGACAACGGGGCAAUUCUGGAGAAUAAUGCUGGAAACACACAAAGCUGCGGUUUAUGGGAGCAAACUUUGACAACCAUUUAAAACCAAAAAGGACAGGGCGUGGGGAGAGCACUUUGCCUGGGAAAGGCCCGCUUUUGGACGACCUGGAUCUGCAUUCGAGUGCUAGGCUACUACACUACUACAUUCUGAAAUACGUUAGUUAUUUUUUUAUUGUUGACGACGAAUGUUACUUGGAAAUGUAUGUUUUCAUGCAUGUCUUUGACUCUGUGGACCGUAUUCUGUGGAGGUUAAAGGGCAGCAUCGACGCAUUUGUCUCAGUUUCCGUGUGAGACUUUCGAUGUGGACUGACUGCGGUAUUAUAGGCUGAUGGGUUGAAAUAAUGUGUCGCCAACCUGUGCGAAAAUAAUUGAGGUUAUUAUUUUCAGAAUACAUUUAUUUAUUUAUUGAUGACACGUGUUACAUGAGGGAUAGAUCUUAUGUCUGAAAUGCAUUCCUAUUUUUAUUAUUGUUGUGUAAAUAAUUGUAUAUUUUCCGCAAUAAAGUAAAUGAUAAAACAAAAU